CCAGAGCUGGGGCGCCAGAGCUAGCGACAGCGGGCGGGCGAGGAGCUGGCAGAGGCGCGGGGCAAGCGGGCCGGCCGGGGCGACAAGCGGGCGAACCCCGGGGCCGCGGGGCUUGGGUGCGAGUCGGGCAGGGCGAGGAGCUGAGGGCAGGGAGCGGAGCGAGGCGUCGGCUGAGGCGGGGGUGGAUGGCCACAGGGGCGCCGGGGAGCCGAGUCGGGCUUGCGGUCUCGGACCCCCAUGGUCCCCUAACGCAGCACCGGGGGCCGCUGCGCGCCACACUCGGUUCUCGCCGGCCCUGCGCCUUUUGGAGCCUCGGGUCUGAGGUGGGAGUGUGAUGUGAGCUGCUGGACUAGCGGCGGAGAGAAGUGCCAAAAGGAGGAGGUAUUGGGACGGGAGAAGUGAGCGAGUUAGUCAGCAGAGGUCUGCCGAGGGAGUCGAGGAGCGGGCCAGCCCGAGAGCGCCAUGAAAACUACUCUCCAGCAGGGAGAGGGGCAGGCGCGGCGCUCGGUGCCGCGGGGCUGAAGGAAAUCCGGGGCCGCGGAGGGACGGAAGGGGCCCGCGGCGAGCAGGCUGCACAGAGCAGUGGGUGAGCGAGCGCUCAGCUGUAAACACCUUCCUUGGGGGCAGACCUCAGGCUGGGCCACGUAGGGACGGGGUUUGUAGAGGGCGACCCGGGACAGUCCGGGAGAGUUCGUUUGAGCUGGGAGCUGGGGGCUGGGCGCCAGAAGAUGACUCGAAUUUCUUUCAGACCCUCUUAUUGUGUAAACUUGGCCGCUGUUGCCUCAGGAAGGCUAGCCAGAGGGUAAUUACACAGGUGAGGCCGGGCGGGGCGGGCGGAGCUCUUGGGAAACGCAAGGGUCCGGAAGAGUUUCCAGCCCCCUGGCACCAGGUGGAAGAAUUUAUAGACCAGCAUUGAGGAGGUACCACUGUUCCCAGAAGCAUUUUUUUUUUGGUUUGGUUUGGUUUCCCCCUCAAAGGGGUUGGUUAGUUUGUGUUGCUUGAAUCUUUUUCUUCUUGCUUGUACCUCCGGGAUAUAAAUAGACCUUGCUUUGGUUCGGAGACGCUGUGUCAGAAAAGGACACCUUGGCCUGGAGAGUUGAGGGGCGGGGAGAGGGGUGCUCCUUCGGGAGGAGAUGGGGGAGACCAUGCAAAGAGUUUUGCACUUUUCACAUCUGCCGAUGGUGCUGUCAACAGUAGUUUGUACCACAAUAGGCCUAACUUAACAGUAUUCUUGUACAGUCCUGAUGUUAGAGCAGGACCAGUUUAAUUUUAUUUUGAUCUCUUUUAGCAUUUUGAAAACUAAGUAGAAGCCCUCGAAUCAACAGUGAGCGCUUUGAAAGAACCCCCAAGUGUAUUUCACAGCACUCUGGGUGGAAAUUGGAUGUGAAAAUGAAGCCAGACCGAGAUACUCUAGAUGAAUAUUUUGAAUAUGAUGCAGAGGAGUUCUUGGUCUCUUUGGCCUUGUUAAUAACAGAAGGUCGAACACCUGAAUGUUCUGUAAAAGGUCGAACGGAAAGUUUCCAUUGCCCUCCAGCACAGUCUUGUUAUCCAGUAACUACAAAACAUGAAUGUAGUGACAAGUUGGCCCAGUGUCGCCAAGCCAGACGAACCAGGUCUGAGGUCACAUUGUUGUGGAAGAAUAAUCUUCCAAUCAUGGUGGAAGUGAUGCUACUACCAGACUGCUGCUACAGUGAUGAUGGGCCUACCACAGAAGGCAUUGACCUAAAUGAUCCUGCAAUUAAGCAAGAUGCAUUACUAUUAGAAAGAUGGAUAUUGGAGCCAGUUCCUCGACAGAAUGGUGAUCGAUUCAUUGAAGAGAAGACUCUUCUGUUGGCUGUCCGCUCGUUUGUGUUUUUUUCUCAGUUAAGUGCAUGGCUGAGUGUUUCUCAUGGUGCUAUUCCACGAAAUAUUCUUUACAGAAUCAGUGCUGCUGAUGUAGACCUUCAGUGGAAUUUUUCACAGACUCCAAUUGAACAUGUGUUUCCUGUUCCCAACGUUUCUCACAAUGUGGCCUUGAAAGUCAGCGUUCAGUCUUUACCCAGACAAUCUUAUUACCCAGUUUUGACAUGUAGUAUUCACACUAACAUUGGCCUGUAUGAGAAAAGAAUUCAAGAACAUGAACUUAAAACUCAUCAGCACCGCAAUUCUAAUGAAGCAGAACAAUGUAGUCCAAAGAGUUCACAGCGUCUGUGUAGCAAACCAGCUUGGACCAUGGCUUCUGAAAGUGUAUUACAUGGAAAAAGGGGCACAACUCCAGAGUAUACUGCAGCCAUCAAAAAUGUCAAACUAUAUCCAGGCUCUGGCAAUAAAUCUGACUAUGGGACAUCUCAAGCCAAUAUUUUGGGCUUCAGUGGUAUAGGAGAUAUAAAGUCACAUGAGACAUCAGUGAGAACUUUAAAAUCAUUUUCAAUGAUUGAUUCUAGUGUCUCUAGCAACCAGAGUUCCUGGCACACAGUUGGUGAUACUAACCCUUUAAUAGACUCUUUAAUCCAGGAUCGACAAGAAGUUAUUGCAAGAAUUGCUCAGCAUUUGAUUCAUUGUGAUCCAAGCACUUCACAUGUUUCUGGACAUCCAUUUACAACUCAAGAAUCUAGUUCACUUAAUUCCAAACUUUACCGGGUUUCACAGGAAAAUGAAAAUGUGAGAAAAUGUAAAGAAACUUUCUCUGUUUCUUUUGGUAAUCCAGAGUUUACUUGCUCAGAAGGCACCAAUGAGGGGAAAAUUCAAGUAAAAUUAGAAACUUCCCAAAGUGAAACUUGCAUUUCUAAUGGUCUUUAUUCUCAUCGUUCUGUUGGAGAAAUUAAUCCUUUGAUAGGUUCUUUACUCCAGGAACGACAAGAUGUUAUUGCAAGAAUUGCUCAUCAUUUGGAGCACAUUGAUCCAACAGCAUCACAUAUUCCUUGUCCCUCAUUCAACAUGCAUGAUUCCAAUUUGGUUCCUUCUAAAGUAUUUAGGAGCUCAUAUGAAGACAAAAAUUUGCUAAAGAAAACUAAGGAUGAUGCCUCUUCCAUUUCCAUUUCUCAUACAAAAUUUUCCUUGUUAGGAGACAACAGUGAUGAGAAAAAUUUAAUACCUAAUAAAUCUUUUAGUUCUUGUAAAGGAAAGUCUUCUUUAAAACCUCAAAUAAGAAAUCAGUGUCAGAACAGUCCUAGUCAAAUCAUCCAAAAUAUAUAUCAAGAGACACAGAACAAAGCUUCUAGUGUAUUGACUUCCUCAAAUAUGUCUCAUUGCAAUGAAAGUAACUUAGAUUUGAAAAGCAGAUUGGAAAAUACACUUUCUGAGUCUCAAUUUAAGGAGCAAGAAAUUAGCAAUGGAAUUGAUAAACAGUAUUCAGAAUGUAACAGUAUUGACAAACAUAUUUGCACAAGUAAGUGCAAAGAAAAAAUAAUAAAAAAUGAAAAUUGUAAUCCAGAAUCCUUUGACAAUCUCCAGUAUGAUAAUUCAAAGACAAGUGACUCAAAGUUAAAAGUUACUAUGUUGGAAAUGUCUGAAUAUCUGAACAAGUAUGAAAAUAAUUGUUCAGAUAAAGACUCAAAAAGGCCAAAGACAUGUGAGCAAAAUACUCGACUUAAUAGCAUAGAAAAUUAUCUCAAUAAAGAUGAUGAAGGAUUUAAAUGCAAAAAGAUAAACCAAUUAAAAAAUAAGGAUAAGAAAGAAGACUCAACUGAUGAAAAACCUCAAAAUUGUUCUCAAAGAAAGAGUAUAAAAGACUGUUUGUCUACAUGUGAACGACUAAAAAAUACAGAAGUAUUGAGGACCACACUGAAACAAUCAAGUGUCUGGCGAAAACAUAAUUUCCAUUCCUUGGAUGGAACCUCAACCAGAGCCUUUCAUCCUCGAACUGGAUUGCCUCUUCUUUCAAGUCCUGUUCCUCAAAGAAAGACACAAUCGGGUUGUUUUGAUCUGGAUUCUUCAUUAUUGCAUCUGAAAAGCUUAUCAUCUAGAAGUACUCGGCCAUGUUUAAACAUUGAAGAUGAUCCAGAUAUUCAUGAAAAACCUUUUUUGAGUUCUAGUGCUCCACCUAUAACAAGUCUUAGUCUUCUAGGAAAUUUUGAGGAAUCUGUGUUAAACUAUCGUUUAGACCCUCUUGGCAUAGUUGAUGGCUUUACUGCUGAGGUAGGGGCAAGUGGUGUUUUUUGCCCCACACAUUUGACUCUUCCAGUUGAAGUGUCAUUCUACAGUGUUUCAGAUGAUAAUGCUCCUUCUCCUUAUAUGGGUGUGAUUACUUUAGAGUCCCUUGGUAAAAGGGGUUAUCGAGUACCUCCUUCAGGAACAAUACAAGUGACCUUAUUUAAUCCUAAUAAGACUGUGGUGAAGAUGUUUGUUGUGAUAUAUGACUUGCGAGAUAUGCCAGCCAAUCAUCAGACAUUCCUACGACAAAGAACUUUUUCUGUACCUGUUAAACAAGACAUGAAGAGAAGUAUUAAUAAAGAGAACAUCCGACAUACGGAAGAACGGUUAUUACGCUACCUCAUACAUUUGAGGUUCCAGAGUUCUAAAUCUGGAAAGAUCUACCUCCAUAGAGAUGUACGGCUCCUGUUCUCUAGAAAGUCAAUGGAGGUUGACAGCGGUGCUGCAUAUGAACUCAAAUCUUACACUGAAUCGCCAACAAACCCUCAGUUUUCACCAAGAUGUUGAUAAGGAGUGAUAUAUUUUAAAUAUACGCUCGGUAUCCAAGUUUGAAAGUAAUUAGUAGCAUAAAAUGGAGUGUACCAAAUUAACAAUCAGGAGAGUGUAUCCUUUCCUAUUAUCCUGGACCAGUUUUUAUUAAAGAAUUCCUGAAAAUGAGAUCUAUAUAUUCCAAGUAGACUGGAAACACUCAUGUCCUAAUCUUUUUUGUACUGUUGAAACCACUUCAUUGGACAUGUUGCAAAAUCCCCAGUUAGAUUAGUGUUUACACAUUUUAUUUCUCAGUUAUUUAAUAUUUAAUGUUUUCCUUAAUGCUCAAGUGAUGUUUGUCUCUAGUGUUCUAAAGUAGCACAAAUCCUAUGUAAAAUCAUACUAUGUAUUUUUGACAUUAAUGUUGAAAUCUGAAAUAUAUGCACAAGUCUUUAAUUUUG